UUGAGCCAUCAGCAGCACUCCCGAAGGAGAAAAGAACAAGAGACAGGACGCAGCAAUUAAACCUGUUCCACGCAUGUCAGGGACCAGAUUUAGGUGGAUGUGAAAGUGGAGCAAGAAUUUUUUCUCUCUUUCUCCUUGUUUCAUCCUCUGGAAUCAAAGGGAGUCACCUUACCGGACACCGGGUGAUGUUAUGACUUCUGUCCUGAGCUUUCUUUCAAACGUGUGCACACUGGAGCUCAGAACAGAGAGUAACAACUUGGAACUUUUUUAAAAUGAUGUUCAACUAUUCCCUCAGAUUACUGUUUCCAGUUGUGGCAGUUCUUACAGCUAUUAAAGCUGCAGGCAGCCAGAAAGUUGAAGAUGCUGGAAUAUUACCUCCUUCACCUCCUUCACCUAUUUAUCCAUCCAUCAAAUUUCAAAUCUUCAAUGCAGACCACGUGUUUCUUGGACAGGGCAGUCCAGGGACAUCAGGUAACUCAAGCCUCAAAGUUCAGGCUAAGACGUUUUUCAUCACCAAUCUGGGAGCCCUGAUCAUGCAGCCAGCUAUCAAGGCUUCGUAUGGCCCCCUAGCUGUAGAUGCCACCAUUCCUCCAGACCUGCUUCUUAGUGGAUGCAAAAUCCUUGCAGUGAUUUUGAUUCGGCAGGUUCGAUCCUCAUACCCGUUUGUUAAUAUUCUUUUCCACAUGCCCACAGAAGGCAAUCUAACUUUCAAGCAAGAAACAAUGGACUCCAAUGGAGAUAACGAGGCUAAGGCCAAGGAUGAAGCUCACUGUGUGACAGCUUAUGCCUUCUGGGAGACGAAGGAAGUCAGAGGAGCUUGCCUGGUUUCUCCAGGUGGAUUCUGCGUGGCUCAGCUCAUGCCAGAACCAUCUUGGUUCAGCUCAAGCAACAGAUCUGGAAGCUCGAGCCGUGAAGCAGAAAAAUCUGAAGGAAUCAAAGGGCUUCGGGGAAAUCUUGUGGAGAUCUACUUCCAGAGCAGAAGGGACCAGACUGGCCAAUGCGCUCCACAAGACAGUCUGCAACGAGUGGGAGUGGGAAGAGGGAGAUACUCUGGGGGAUCAGGGACACCUUUGCAGAGGAUUGGAAGUGUCAGUCUUUUAAAAACACAAACAGGCAACCCUACUUUCCUUCGGCUUAGGCUGGGUGGUGCUGUGAUGAUCCAAACUUCUUCCAAGCCCUUAAAGAACGAGGAUGUGGGAACUUUUUACAUCUUCCUGGCUAGUGCAUCUACACUGGAAAAUUUCACUUUGAGGGCUGCUGUAAAAUCAGGUUUGUUCUUCAGCGCGGCACGACCCAGUGAUCCAUUACUGUGGGACAUUGUGGUAGAGCCUGGGAGAGGAGCAACUCCCAACACUGUUACUGUUGUCUGCCGCAGGAAGACUUUCAUUACCUCAAAAAGGGGCCUUCUGGAGAUUUUGCAGCUAGACUUUAUGCCAAAAGAUGCCUCUGAGCAGAUUGAGAGUCAGGCCAUCUCCUGGCGUCUGGAGCUGCCAGGGAAUGUCAAAGAUGUUGGCUUAAUGCGGAUCUUCACUGCCCCGAGAGACUUCAUUGGACUGGCACCUCUGGUGAUGACCACAGAUAUUCUUAAUACUGCUGUGUUGACGGGUAAAGUGGUUUCAGUACCUGUGAAAAUCCUUGCUGUUGAGGCAAACGGCACAGUUACAGAUGUGACAAACUACACAAACUGCAGAUCAACUGAGGUGGAUGUACUCAAGAUGUCAGAGCGCUGUAACUAUGUUUUUCUAAAUGGGAAAGAGACGAAAGGCAAAAGCAGGGUGAUGCUCAAUUUCAUGUAUGGUUUCCUGAGCACGCAGCUGGAGAUGAGUGUGUGGAUGCCCCGCCUGCCCAUGUUCAUCGACAUCGCCGACCCUGAGCUUAACCAGAUUAAGGGCUGGAGGGUUCCCGUCACAACUGGAAAUAGAAGAUCUGCGUGGGACAGUGAAGAAGAUGAGGACAUGAGGAAGGGCAGGGGAUGCAUGUUACAGUAUCAGCUCUCUACAGUGAGGGUGCUCACACCUUUUGUGGCCCAGUCUGACUCUGAGGUUCUGCCUGGCCCACUUACUGGAGAAGAGCCUGUUGAAUACUUUCUAGGUUCUGAAUGGCAGGUGGAUGUGACCAACCUUGUGCGCUAUGCUAUAAAAGUAGCAGAUCCUGAAGUCGCCAGGGUGCAAGAUGGCAUCAUACUGCAAGGACGGGCUGUGGGGACCACUAUUGUGCAGGUGCUGUCCCCACUGAUGUCAUCGGUCCUGGCUGAGAGGAGCAUCAGGGUGGUGGAUGAUAAAGUGAGCGUGACAGAACUGGGGGUGCAGUUGGUUUCCGGACUCUCUCUGUCUCUUCAGCUCAGCUCUGGGAGCAACAGGGCUAUUGUUGCCACGACGACCACAAGGGAGACAAUCACAGAGCUGAAACAGGAAGCAGUGGUCAGCUGCUGGGUUCAAUUUAGUGAUGGGGCGGUUGCUCCACUGGAGCUUUUUGACCGUGGUGUCUACUCUCUCACAGUCUCCACCAAUGACGAGAGGGUGGCCACUGUGCGGCGUACCUCGCUGUCCACAUUCGUGGUCGCACAAGGUGAAGGUGAAGGCCGUGGUAGGCAGGUAAAGGUGGAGCUGAGGAUCUGUGAAGAAUGCCAGAAGUCCAAGAGGAAGAGCAAGCUAGCUGUGGGUGCAGGGAUUCUCAAGACUAAUUUCCGGAGCAGCAGAGGUGUAGCAGGAGGAGCAAGCAAAAAUGUGGAAGCGGUGGGUGAAGUAAAAACAGCAGUGACAUCGCAAAACUUAUUCACAGUGAUGGAUAAAAGACCAGUCAUUGAUACAACAACCAACGAGCAGUCUAUUGUAGCAGAAAGCACCAUCACAACUACGCUUCCCAACAGAUAUGUGCAAACAUCAGCAGUAUGGGUUGGAAGAACCAAACCUACAGGAGGUACUGUAUCUAGUGUCAUUAGCAUGGCCACUUCAACAACUAUAAAGAAAUUACGGUCUGAUGCACAGCUGAACACUGCCAAACCAACAGUGGGGUUUGUCAGUAAAGGAGAUGGGAAGAAGAAAAGAUAUGGGAACAUGCUUGACAACUCUAAUUCAUCCUCUAACAAUGACAUUCCUAUAGGUGACAAACCUGAGAAAGAGCCCCCCAAAACUAAAACACCUAAAGUAAUUGAGAGCGACCUCAUCAGGACUUUCAAAGCCCUGUCCGACUUGGAAAUUGGCAUGUAUUCCUUAAUCGGGGUUUCCUGUAUCGCUAUCAUGGUAUUUUUGCUCAACUGUGCUUCAUAUAAGCUGUGUUUUCAGAAACAGAAGACCCCAAUACAGACAGGCCCAGCUCCCACUGCAGACCUGAAGGAUCACAAGCAUGACUGGGUGUGGAUGGGGGGAAACAGUCACAGCACCCCUCCACCUGGUGCUCCACCGGCCCCGGCUCAAGCUUCAACCAUAAAACGCGAGCCUCACUGUCCUCUAGAGUCCCAUCAUUCAAUAGAUUCAAUGAAUCCCAGUGACCUGCAAGGGUCUUUGCCAACAGUGAGUGCCCCUGCUGCCCCAGAGAGAACCGCUACACUGGGGCGCUGCAGGAGCAGUUCCCAGCAACACCAGUUUCAAGCAAAGGCCAUCGACCCCAUGGCAAACCGGUCAGCCACUUUGCUAGCAAGACCACACCGCAGCGAGCCUCUGCAUUCUCCCACCAGCAAGAGAAAUCAAGUCCAGUUCACUACCUUCACCACACUUGACAUCAAGCACUUGGCUGCACUGAAGAAGAAUGGUGUGGACUUAAACUGGGCUAACCAGAAAACGCAGCUGCCCCCUGCUCAGCCCCAGACACCUUUACCUGACAUGCCUUGGCCUGUUGUCACACCAUUAGGAGAGCCCCAGUGAGUUUACUGAUGGGGCCAUAUAUGUUUGCAUAAGUAGUCAGGAGGAAUAUCAUGCCUUUUAAAUAUAUUCAUACCUCUUGAUCUUUCCACAUUUGGUCACAUUACAAUCAUAAUCUCACAAAUAUAUGUUUUUAGUUUCCACAUAAAAAUCUAUACAAAGUAGUUCAUAAUUGUGAAGUAUAUGGGGAAGUGUCCAUGUUUUCUAUAUCAGAAUCAGAAUCAGCUUUAUUGCCAAGUUCAUACAUACAAACAAGGAAUUUGACUACGGUACACUUAGCUCUCUGGGUUUUUUUUGUUUAUUUUGGGCGGGGGUUGUUUAAUGAAUUAUAAGAUAUAUUUAUGCAUAUAUCUUUAUAUCC